CUUUUUCUCCACCGUACCUCAUCCCUCCCCAACCCUCUGGCUCCGCUCGCCCUGAGCCAUUGAUCUGCCGCUGUUUCCUGCAGUAUUGGAUACACUGCAUGCCAAUGAGUCACUCGCCGUAUGGCCUUGUCAUGUCAAGCUUGUUGAAAGCUUCCACGAAGGCCGGAGGCUGAGCAAUGGCAUGUCAUCCCUCAUCCCACAUCAGACCCCCAUUGCUGAUCAAGAGCUCUAGCCAGGUCCAUGGUGGGGUCAGCCCUUCGUUACAUUGGCAUGGAUGGCGAGGAACACGGCACCACGGGAAGGAAAUCCAGCUUCACGCUCACCAAUGAUAUUUCCGGCGCAAAACAUCAACACAAGUUGCCACCCCACUCACAUGUUUGCUCCCGCUUGUCAAUGCCCGUCCAACACCGACAACACCACACAACACUGUGUGUCUCUCGGGCCAAGGCCAAGCAGGCUCAACGGUCCAACAGGCAGCGAGAAACAACAACAUGGACUGUAUGAGUGGAAGAAAGCUCGACUAACGUGGACUUGAUAAACAUCUCCUCCCCCACCUCCCGACGUUGAGCUGCCUAACUCGGGAUCCUACGCCCUCGUGGCCUUCCCCCAUUUAGUGGGUGGGUACUAUUCCUGCAGGUUCUCUUGAGCCCCAAAAGAACCUUGUCCGUUUCAUCGGAUAACGAGCCGUCAGUGUUGCAGUUGGAGCUCAGUAGCAUUCAAUGGUCAAGCUCGAUUGGUAAUUAUUAAUGAUGGGAUGGGUGCCAAGCGCCCAUUAGUCUCCUUUUUUCUUCCCUUCCUCGGACAGAUUAUUUCGAGAAGCUUUUUCCCAAACUGUCACGCUGCUUGUGGCAGACUGUCCCUCCUUUGUUAACGUUGUUCUCUCUCUGUUACUUCUCCAACUUCUCCAUUUCGAAGACCUACGCACCUGCCCAGCAAACUCUUCAAGGGUCACCGCUUCAUAAACUGUCCACCUCCAGGCCUAAGGUCUGGGGGGAUUCAGUUCGCUGAGUUUUACUAUUGCCACCGGAAACUUUUUUCCCAAGAUGUCGACGAAGCUGGGAACUGGAAAGGAGGCUAUCGUGGAGGCCGUUGUGACGGAGAAGGCACCGCCAUCUCCAUCAUCUGCUUUGUCCAGGACACAGAAUGCAGCGGACCUCGUCGAACAGGCACGGCGCAACAACCCCAAUGGCACCACUCACGCCGUUGGCGGUGUCUCUGUUGAGCAGGCGGUGUCGGAUUUUGCUCAGCUUCAACGGGAACUGUCGCAUAUGUCACGCGUCAGUCGUUCGCGCAGUCACACUGAUGCCGAGAAGGGCAACGCCCAAACCGAGACCUCUUCAGAGACCUUUGAGCAGUUUGACCUGGAGGCGGCCCUCAGAGGUGACCUGGAUGCCGAAAGAGAGGCCGGUAUUCGUCCCAAGCACAUUGGGGUUUACUGGGACGAUCUGACGGUCAAGGGUAUCGGAGGCCAGACCAACUACGUCAAAACGUUCCCUGAUGCCUUCACCGACUUUUUCGACAUCAUCUCACCGGUGAGGAAGCUGCUGGGUUUUGAGGAGAAAGGAGUGGAGGCCACCUUGUUGGACGGGUUCAGGGGUGUUUGUAAACCGGGAGAGAUGGUACUGGUGCUUGGCAAGCCUGGAUCUGGGUGUACGACCUUCCUCAAGACGAUCGCCAACCAACGUUAUGGCUACACGUCAAUCACCGGUGAGGUCCUCUACGGCCCUUUUGCCGUCGACGAAUUUGGUCCUUAUCGUGGAGAGGCUGUUUACAACGAGGAGGAUGAUGUUCACCACCCGACUCUCACCGUGGAGCAGACGCUCGGGUUUGCCCUUGAUGUCAAGACCCCAGGCAAACUGCCUGCUGGCAUCACCAAGCAGGAAUUCAAGGACAAGGUUGUGACCAUGCUCUUAAAGAUGUUCAACAUUGAACACACCCGCAAGACAAUUGUUGGCAACUCGUUUAUCCGUGGUGUUUCAGGCGGCGAAAGGAAGCGCGUUUCCAUUGCCGAAAUGCUCACCACCAAUGCCUGCAUUCUUUCUUGGGACAACAGCACCCGCGGCCUCGACGCCUCUACGGCUCUCGACUUCGUCAAAUCCCUCCGCAUUCAGACCGACCUGUACAAGACAAGCACAUUUGUCUCCCUUUACCAGGCAUCGGAGAACAUUUACAGCCUCUUUGACAAGGUCUUGGUUAUCGACGAGGGCAAGCAGGUGUACUUUGGUCCCGCAAAAGAUGCACGGUCGUACUUCGAGGGUCUCGGCUUCCUCCCCCGUCCCCGCCAGACCACCCCUGACUAUGUGACGGGCUGCACCGACGCAUUCGAGCGCGAGUACCAGGAUGGCCGUUCUCCUGAGAAUGCCCCUUACGACUCUCUCACCCUGAAAGCUGCCUUCAAGUCCUCCAAGUACGCCCAGGACCUCGAGCAAGAAAUGCUGUCCUACAGGGAAAGCCUCGCUCGCGAGACUGACAAACACGAAGACUUCCGCGUUGCUGUCCGCGACCAGAAGCGUCGUGGUGCCUCGAAGCGCUCCGCCUACAGCGUCGGCUUUCAUCAGCAAGUCUGGGCACUGAUGAAGAGGCAGUUUCUUCUCAAGCAGCAAGACGUCCUGGCUCUCAUUUUGUCCUGGCUCCGCAACAUUAUCAUUGGCAUUGUUCUCGGUACUCUCUAUCUUAAUCUCGGCAAGACGUCUGCCAGCGCCUUCUCCAAGGGUGGCUUGAUGUUUAUUUCGCUUUUACAUAACGCCUUCCAGUCGUUUUCCGAGCUGGCGGGUACGAUGUUGGGCAGAGCCGUGGUGAACAAACACCGGGCGUAUGCCUUUCACCGGCCGUCAGCGCUGUGGAUUGCGAAUAUUCUUGUCGAUCAGGUCUUCGCUAGCACGCAAGUCUUCGUCUUUUCGGUGAUUGUCUACUUCAUGACGAAUCUUAGCCGGAGUGCUGGGGGGUUCUUCGUGUUCUAUCUAAUGUUGCUGAGUGGCAACAUUGCCAUGACGCUGUUUUUCCGUGUGAUCGGGUGUCUAAGCCCGGAUUUCGACUAUGCGGUCAAGUUUGCAACCGUUGGAAUUACGUUGAUGAUUACGACCAGUGGCUAUUUGAUCCAGUGGCAGAGUGAGCAAGUCUGGCUCCGGUGGAUUUACUACAUCAACGUCCUUGGUCUGAUCUUCAGUUCCUUGAUGGAAAACGAGUUUUCGCGCAUUGAUAUGACAUGUACAGCCGAGAGUUUGAUACCGUCGGGUCCUGGGUACGAUGAUAUCAACCAUCAGGUCUGCACGCUGCCUGGCUCCACGCCCGGUACGCUCGAGCUGUCCGGUUCAUCCUACAUUGAUCAAGGUUUCUCCUAUACGCCCGGUUUGCUGUGGCGCAACUGGGGUAUUGUCCUUGUUUUGAUGGCCUUCUUUCUCUUCGUGAAUAUUGUGGCUGGUGAAUAUGUACGCUUCGGCAUGGGUGGCAAUCAAGCCAAGGUCUUUCAGAAGCCCAACGUAGAGCGGAAGAAGCUGAACGAGGAACUGAUAGCCAAGAAGGAAGAGCGACGCAAAGCCAGGGCUGAGCAGUCAGAUUCGGAGCUCAAGAUCAAUUCGGAAAGCGUCCUGACGUGGGAAGGGUUGUGUUAUGAUGUGCCGGUGCCGGGCGGAACAAGACGACUGCUCGAUAACGUCUAUGGGUAUGUCAAGCCGGGUCAACUUACCGCUCUCAUGGGGGCAUCGGGUGCUGGCAAGACAACCCUCUUGGAUGUGUUGGCUGCGAGGAAGAACAUUGGUGUUAUUCACGGCGAUAUCUUGGUUGAUGGCGUGAAGCCAGGCAAGGAGUUCCAGCGCAGCACAUCGUACGCCGAGCAGCUUGAUGUCCACGACCCGACCCAGACUGUCCGCGAAGCCCUUCGGUUCUCGGCCGACUUACGCCAGCCCUUCGAGACCCCCCGUGAGGAGAAGUACGCAUACGUGGAGGAGAUCAUUGCUCUGUUGGAAAUGGAGACGUUUGCGGAUGCGAUUAUUGGAUCACCCGAGGCUGGCCUUACCGUUGAGCAGCGCAAGAGAGUAACCAUUGGCGUUGAGCUUGCGGCCAAGCCUGAGCUGCUUUUGUUUCUCGACGAGCCGACCUCUGGCCUUGAUUCCCAGAGUGCCUUCAAUAUUGUUCGUUUCCUUCGCAAACUGGCUGCCGCUGGCCAGGCGAUUCUGUGUACUAUCCACCAGCCGAAUGCCGCCCUAUUUGAGAACUUUGAUCGUCUCCUCCUUCUCAAGAGCGGCGGUCGCUGCGUGUACUUUGGGGAUAUUGGAAAAGACGCCCACGUACUGCGCGACUAUCUACGGCGCCACGGAGCCGAAGCCAAGCCCACCGACAAUGUUGCGGAGUUUAUGCUCGAAGCCAUCGGCGCUGGCUCUGCGCCCCGAAUCGGCUCGCGCGACUGGGCCGACAUCUGGGCUGACUCCCCUGAGCUCGCCAACGUCAAAGACACCAUCUCCCAGCUCAAGGAAUCCCGCAUUGCCUCGGCCACCACAGCACAAAAGGACCCCUCCCUCGAGCGUGAGUAUGCCUCCCCUCUAUCCCACCAGCUCCGCGUCGUGGUCAAGCGCGCCAACCUCGCCCACUGGCGCACACCAAACUACCUCUUCACCCGCGUCUUCAACCACGUCAUCAUCGCGCUGAUCACCGGCCUCACCUUCCUCUCCCUCACCUCCUCCCGGCAAUCCCUCCAAUACCGCGUCUUCGUCAUGUUCCAAAUCACCGUCCUCCCCGCCCUGAUCAUCGGCCAGAUCGAAGUCAUGUACCACCUCAAGCGCGUCCUCUUCUUCCGGGAACAAUCCUCAAAGAUGUACUCAUCCUUCGUCUUCGCCUCCUCCCUCCUCAUCGCGGAAAUCCCCUACUCCAUCCUCUGCGCCGUCCUCUUCUUCUUACCACUGUACUACCUCCCUGGCCUGCAGCCCGAGCCAGUAAGAGCAGGGUACCAAUUCCUCAUGAUCCUUAUCACGGAGUUUUUCUCUGUCACCCUGGGCCAGGCUCUUUCUGCAUUGACACCAAGCUUGUUCAUCUCCUCCCAAUUCGACCCCUUCAUCUUUGUAACCUUUGCCCUCUUCUGCGGCGUCACCAUCCCGCCGCCUCAAAUGCCUGCCGGGUAUAGGACCUGGCUCUAUGAACUCAACCCCUUCACCCGUCUGAUUGGGGGGACAGUCGUCACUGCUCUCCACGACCUCCCCGUUAUUUGUCUCCCCGAAGAGCUCAACAACUUCACUGCGCCUAUCGGUCAGACUUGCUCCGAGUACAUGAGCAAUUUCUUCAGCAGGGGCGGCUCGGGAUAUUUAGUUGGCGGCGGCAACAACACAAGCGACUGCAGCUACUGCGCCUUUGAGGUGGGCAACGAGUUCUUUGAGCCGUUGGGUUUCUCGUACGACUACAGGUGGAGGGAUCUGGGGAUUUUUAUCGGGUUUAUUGGGAGUAACAUGGUUAUUCUCUUCUUGGCGAGUCGAUUCCUAAAUUUCAAUAAGCGGUAAAGUGUACCUGUGACAUGAACGAGGGAUGAGUGAGUCCGAUUUCGAACUAACUAAACUGGCACGGCUGUUGGAGAUGUGACGAGCCUGAUGCGAUGGAUUCAUGAGGAAAAGUAUACAUUUCCAGUAUUACAUAGUAAUCUUUUCGAUACCUCUUUGUUGUAUAUAGAUGGAUAGAUAAACACGGGGCAUCAAAAUUGCACAAGACAUAAACUGUGUCACACAGCACCUGUUGAGGAUGAUCUGAUCCACGACUACAUUGUGAUAGGAUGUAAUUUUCAUUCCAGCAAGCCUUGACUACACUAAAAGCAAGGAUACAAAAAGCGCAAAGGGAAAAAAAAAGAAGAAAAAAACACCGGUGGGAAUCAACGUCUGCAAAAGAGCCGUGAUCAUGACCCAUAAAACCUAGUCCCAAUCCCAUGCCAUGACUUCAUUCUCAUCUCGUCAUUGUCUACUCUCCUUCAACCCCCUUAGUGAAUGACCUUCGACUCCCCAGUACCAGCCGGCGCAGUGGGUUUAGUCUCACUCUCCACCGCCGCCGCAUUGGCAGGAGCACCACCAGGAACCUCCUCAUUAGACUUGGCCGCGCCACCAGUAAACCGGCCAAAGACCUUAUCAAGCCCCGACGCAGCAUAGGCAUUCCCGCCGUGCUCGGCCUUCUUCAGGUCCGCCAGCCGUCUCGCCUCGGCGUGAAUAUCUUGAACCUGCUUGGAGCUGGUGGUGUAAAAGUCAACCAGCUUCUUGCCGGUGGGGCUCUGGGUAGCCUUCUCAAAGUACGACGCGAGGCCAGUGAGGAGAGAGUUGGCUCUAGCGGUCAAGCCGUAGCUAGCAUCGGCAGCCUUAGCCUUGUCUGUGGCGUGGGUGCGCUCAUCGAGCUGCUUGACGGUGUUGACAAACUUGUUGGUGACGCCGUGCUUCUCGUCGAGCUGGAUGGCUGUUUCGAGACCGGUAUCGGCGACGAGGUAGCCAUGAGCGAGGAUCUCAGCGAGGACGCGGGCGCGGGGCUUCUCUUCUUGUGUCAGGCCAGCGUCGGGGGAGCGAUCGGUGGUGGAGUCAUCGGGAUGGGCAUCGUCCGAGGAGGAGCCGCCGGUGACGGAGAUUUCGUUGGUGCCGAGCUUGGUGUGGUUGAGGAGGAGAGCAGUGCGGGCGGCGGUCUCCUUCUCGAAGUUCACGGUCGCGGACUUGGUCUCGCCCUCGGAGGUGACGUCGAUGGAGUUGAUCUUGCCGCUGGGAGGUGCGUUAGCAGAGCGAACGAGUGAUGGGGCAGGGAAGAAGGGAGAUUUCUUACCAGAAGCUAAAGAAGUCCUUGAUCUCCUUGUCCUCGGUGUUGGAGGCAAUAUUCUUGACAUAAACAGUGGUCGCCAUUUUGAAUGUUGUCUGUUGGGUAGAUAGCGUAACGGUGCGGGGUUGAGCUAUCAGGUUGUUGGGGUGAUGCAAAUGUUUAGUAUUGGUGUUCUGGAAAAAGUAAACACGAGUAAGUCGUCAGAUGUGAAGAUGAAUUGGAGAAAGUCUGGGAGGCCAACCGUUUUGUUAAAUGCUUAUUUGAGGUGAUAAGAUGAAGUGUCAGAG